AUGUUACGUCCGUUCUUAGGAGCCAGCAAAUGUCGGGUGCCCGUCUUGCGGCAACAGCUCGCCGGAAGUCGUAGACUCAGGCUGAACUAUGAUUUAUCACGAUGGGGCCAGAUUCGGAAGGCGUCGACGGUGACAAGUCUGGACAAUUUUCCUAGAGUGGGCGAGAAACUUCACGGGUUCACAGUGCAGGAGAAGAAACACGUACCGGAGCUACACCUGACAGCAGUGCGGUUAAAGCACGACAAAACAGAUGCGGACUAUAUGCACGUGGCGAGGGACGAUCAGAAUAAUGUCUUUGGGAUAGGAUUCAAGACCAAUCCCCCGGAUGCUACGGGUGUACCGCAUAUUCUGGAGCACACAACAUUAUGCGGAAGCGAAAAGUAUCCCAUUCGCGAUCCCUUCUUCAAGAUGCUUCCUCGCUCUCUGUCGAAUUUCAUGAACGCCUUCACUGCCUCCGAUCAUACCACAUAUCCUUUUGCCACGACGAACCCACAAGACUUCCAGAAUCUCCUAUCGGUGUAUCUCGACGCUAGUUUCUACCCUCUGCUUAAGGAAGAAGACUUCAAACAGGAAGGAUGGCGCUUGGGGCCCGAGAACCCUCGUGCGAUUGAACAAAUCGAAGGAAAACUUACUCCGGAGGACAUCCUGUUCAAGGGCGUUGUUUACAACGAGAUGAAAGGUCAAAUUUCGGAUUCGAACUACCUCUACUACAUCAAGUACAAGGAGAGCAUUAUCCCCGCUCUCAACAACUCCGGUGGAGACCCCGAGUACAUUACGGAUCUCACGCAUAAGCAAUUGGUCGACUUUUCGAAACGAAACUACCACCCCAGCAAUUCCAAGAUCUUCACCUACGGUGACAUGCCGUUGGGCACUCACUUGAAACAGAUUGGUGAUGUGUUGAAUGGUUUCGACAGGAGCCAGGCUGAUACGGACAUCAAGAAGCCUAUUGACCUCAAGCGUGGCCCGGUGAACGUCACUGUUCCAGGUCCUAUCGAUACAUUCGCUGGAGAGGACAAACAGUUCAAAACUUCGACGUCGUGGUACAUGGGAGAUGCAACUGAUGUUGUGGAGACCUUCUCCAACGGCAUCCUUUCUUCUCUGCUCUUGGACGGGUUUGGGUCCCCAAUGUAUCGGGCAUUGAUCGAAAGUGGCUUGGGAUCGUCUUUUACCCCCAACACCGGUCUUGAUGCGUCGGGCAAGACACCCGUUUUCUCUGUUGGAGUCACUGGUGUCAGUGAGCAAGAUGCACCCGCCGUGAAAGAGGCCAUUCAGAAGGUCUAUCAGGAGUCGCUGUCCGCGGGAUUCAGUGAUGAGAAGGUGCAGGGAUUCUUGCACCAGUUGGAGCUAUCGCUGCGACAUAAGACGGCCAACUUCGGAAUUGGCGUGAUGGAUAAGACGAUCUCCUCCUGGCUUAACGGCUCGGAUCCGAUGAAGGAGCUCUCCUGGAACGAGGUCAUUGACGAGUUCAAGGCAAGAUAUGCCAAGGAUGGAUAUCUCGAAUCCCUGAUGCAAAAGUAUCUCAUGAAUGACCAGUGUUUGACUUUCAACAUGGUCGGUUCGCCCACAUUCGGCAAGGACUUGGAUGAUAAGGAAAUGGUGCGGAAGGCAAAGAAGUUUAAUCAGCUCGUUGAGCAGCACGGAUCCGUGGAGAACGCCGUUGCCAAGCUUGGCGAAGAGGAGUUGCAGCUUCUCAAGGUCCAAGAAGAGGCGCAAAAUGUCGACCUGAGCUGCUUGCCUUCGCUUCGUGUCAAAGACAUCUCCAGGGAGAAGGAGCGCAAGCCAGUGCGGGAAUCUCGUGUGGACGAUGUCGAUGUUGUCUGGCGCGAGGCCCCAACCAACGGCCUCACUUACUUCCAAGCGUUGAAUACCUUUGAGGGCCUGCCUGACGACCUUCGACUGCUUUUGCCGCUCUUCAAUGACUGCAUCAUGCGGUUGGGCACGGCCAACAGGACGAUGGAGCAAUGGGAGGACCUCAUCAAACUGAAGACCGGUGGCGUGUCAACGUCGUCGUUCCAUGUUUCCUCUCCGACCGAACUCGGCAGGUUCAGAGAAGGCCUUCAAUUGUCUGGAUUUGCCCUGGAUCAGAACAUUCCGGAGAUGCUUGAGAUCUUCUCUGCCCUGAUCACCGAAACCGACUUUACUAGUCCCUACGCUCCUGCCAUGAUUCAGGAACUCUUGCGACUAGUCACAAAUGGUGCAUUGGAUUCCGUUGCCAGUUCCGGUCACCGGUUUGCAUUGAAUGCGGCUGCAUCUAGUCUCACUCGGAGCUUCUGGGUUCAAGAGCAGCAGACCGGUCUCGCGCAGUUGCAGGCUACGGCAAGCCUCCUUCGUGACGCCGAAACUUCUCCGCAGCGCCUGGCAGAGCUGAUCGAGAAGCUCCGCUUGAUCCAGUCAUUUGCUAUCUCCAGAUCGUCGAAUCUCCGUGUUCGCUUUGUCUGUGAACCCAGCAGUGCUGCACAAAACGAGACCACACUCCAAAAAUGGCUUGGGGGCUUGUCUCAAACCCGCGCACCCACCGCGACUCCCGAGGCCUCCAGUAUGAAGCUGGGUGUUGACAAGGCAUUCUACGAUAUGCCGUUCAAGGUCUACUACUCUGGCUUGGCCAUGCAAUCAGUCCCAUUUGUCGACCCCUCCAGUGCACGUCUGAGCGUCCUCUCACAGCUCCUCACUCACAACUACCUCCAUCCCGAAAUCCGCGAGAAGGGAGGCGCGUACGGCGCCGGAGCCAGCAAUGGACCCCUCAAGGGUAUCUUCGCCUUCACCAGCUAUCGUGACCCCAAUCCCGCCAACACCCUGAAGGUGUUCCAGAACAGUGGCAUCUUCGCCCGAGACCGCGCCUGGUCCGACCGCGAGAUCAACGAAGCCAAGUUGGGUAUCUUCCAGGGUCUCGAUGCGCCUAUGAGCGUUGAUGACGAGGGUGCUCGCUACUUCAUGAGCGGUGUCACUCAUGAGAUGGACCAGCGCUGGAGAGAACAAGUGUUGGACGUCACUGCGAAGGAUGUUAACGAGGUUGCGCAAAGAUUCCUGGUCGAGGGAUCUCGCAAGUCUGCAUGCUUGCUAGGCGAGAAGAAGGACUGGGCGGACUCUGAAGGUUGGGAGGUGCGGAAGCUUUCCAUGAAUGUUGAAGAAGGUGAAGUUGACGUUGCGUCUGCUUGA